CGGGGCGGGAGCGAGUGACAGGGAGGGGCUCUGCCCCCCAGGAUCACAGUGGGUGGUACGGGGCACCCGCAGCCCCUCGGGGGGGGUUGGGGCUGGCCCGGGGACAAUGUGUCUGUCCCCACUGCUCCUCCCUGUCCCCAGGUGGGUGUUCCUCCACGAGAAGGCUUACCAGGUGCGGGACACGGCCAUCGAGUCCUCGGUGGUCACCAAGGUCAAGGGCGUGGGGCGCUAUGCUGGGAGGGUGCUGGACACAGCCGACUAUGUCACCCCGCCCCAGGGCACCUCAGUGUUCGUGGUGGUCACCAAGCAGAUCCUGACGGAGAACCAAGCGCAGGGGCUGUGCCCCGAGGGUGACCCUCGUUACCGCUGCACAGCUGAUCAUCACUGCCAGGGGAUGGGCACCACCACGGGCAGCGGGGUGCUGACCGGGCGCUGCGUCCCCUUCAACCGCACCCUCCACACCUGUGAGAUCCAGGGCUGGUGCCCGGCCGAGGUUGACACCGUGGAUGUCCCCGUCAUGCUGGAGGCCGAGAACUUCACCCUUCUGAUCAAGAACAGUGUCCGCUUUCCGCUCUUCGGCUUCGAGAAGGCCAACCUGCCACCCCCCGGGGAGCUGGGCCGGUGCCGCUUCCACCCCCAGCACCAACCCCUCUGCCCCAUCCUGCGGCUGGGGGACGUGGCCCGCAUGGCCGGGCAGGACUUCCCCACCUUGGCUGCCACCGGGGGGGUGUUGGGCAUCAAGAUCGGGUGGGUGUGCGACCUGGACCGCGGCGGGGAGCGCUGCCUGCCCCGCUACUCCUUCACCCGCCUGGAUGGGCUGCCCCCCGCCACCGCCGCCGGCUACAACUUCAGGCACGCCCGGUACUACCGCUGGCAGGAUGGCACUGAGCGCCGCACCCUCACCAAGGCCUUCGGCAUCCGCUUUGACGUCCUGGUGUACGGCAACGCUGGGAAGUUCAGCAUCGUCCCCACCCUCAUCAACGCGGUGGCAGCUUUCACCUCCAUCGGUGUGGGCACGGUGCUGUGUGACAUCAUCCUGCUCAACUGCCUGCGUGGGGCCGAGCACUACAAGGCCCGCAAGUUCGAGGAGGUUCCAGAGGUCACCAUGCCCCCCGCCAGCCUCACAGCUGGGCCACCCCCCCGGGACCCCUCCAGAGACUCGGGCACCAGCUCCCUCGGCCUGUAGCACUGGGUGCCAUGGAGCAACCCCACACCUGCCCCCACCCACCCCAUGGCUGACACCCCCUUUCCCACACUGGCAGUGGGGCAGGAG